UGCAAAUAGAAAUUUGAUUUUUGGCUUCUAGAGAGAAAAGGUGAACGAUAGUUUGCAGAGGUAGUAAAAUUGUCAUCAAUGGCAGCACGAGUCGGAGAAGGGCAAAGAAGAGGAGGAGGAAGGCCAUUUCCGCCGUCUGCAAGAGGACCUCCUGGUCCUCCUGUUCAUGGUAAACCCGGACCUCGAUUUGAACCAGUCGACCGCGAAAAGACUUGUCCAUUGCUACUUCGAGUUUUUACCAAGAUUGGUGGUCAUCACAACCAGGCAGACUUUGCAGUGAGAGGUAAGGAACCUAAAGAUAAAGUCCAGAUAUACACAUGGAUGGAUGCUACACUUCGUGAGCUAACUGAUCUGGUAAAGGAGGUAGCACCAGAAGCUAGAAGAAGAGAUGCAAUGCUGUCAUUUGCUUUUGUAUAUCCUACCAAAACUGGUCAUUUUACAGUCAAAGAGGUUGGGAAAACCUUGUCUUAUCCGAAUGCAAGACGACCAGACGAUGGCAGCAAGGCCCUCGGCAGCCUUAGCUUUGAGAUUGGAGAUUACCUAGAUGUCGCAAUUCUUUAGAUUAUCAUGGUUUGGUUUGGUUAAGAAGAUUAAACCCGUGGAAGGGUAGUUUUGUAAUUUUGCUUGCGGUCGACUAAAACCCUAUUAGAUGGAUAUCUUUAAAAACCCAAUGUUUUAAUUUGUUUUUUUUUCUCUUUCAUUUUGUGGUCGCCCUUGUUGAAAUGAGAUGAUAACUUUUUCUUGCAGCCAUCCAUCAUGUCUUAUUUGUUGAAUCAGAAUUAAAAGAGACAAAAGAAGUCCUAUCGAUGUCUUUUAUGCGUGUUGAUGGAAUUUAAUGUGCUUAAGUUGUAAUAAAAUGUAUAUAAACAAAAUCGAACCCUAUGAAAAUAUGGAUACGUUUGAUUUUCCUUGUUGCGUGG